AUGCACCGGUGCAUUCGCAAGAGAGGUGCGCGGACGGCGUCUGCUACGGCUCAGGGUAAGAAAGAUCCCUUUGAAGGAGUUAAGGGUUGCAAAGGUGACGACGAUAUCUGCGACGCGCGCUUCCCUAGGGACUACGUGAGCGCGUCGUACGUCGAUAGGCUCACCGGGGCGAUCUACCUCGUCAAAAAAGAAGUCAUGAUGAAUUGCGUGACACCCGUACUCACCUAUCUUACAAGGGGGAACACUGACACCACCAGCUUGCAAUCGGGCACGUCUAUGAAGGCAGUCGUAUUAUACGUAUCAGAUUAUAUCACAAAGUGCUCGCUGAAGACGUACCACAUAAUGUCGUGUAUCAAAUCUGUAUUCGAGCGUCACGGGCCCGCUUUCCAAGGCGAUGUAACAGACGCCGCAAGUGCUCGAAGGCUGAUGAUGAAGAUGGUCAACGCCCUCGCGCCACGCAUGGAGAUUGGCAGUCCAUUUGCUGCCUCGUACCUCCUUGGGAUGCCAGACCACUAUAAGAGUCACGAGUUCGUGUUAAUCUGGUGGAAAAACUACGUAAAUAGAGUACUGGAGGAUUGGCCGGACGCGACAGCCUCCAACACGUUCGAGGAACGUCUAGUCUUGAAGAAAGAGCAAGGUCAGUUGAUUGGAACGUCCGUAGUCGAUGACUACGUACACAGGCCCCGAAAGUUCGAGAACUAUUGCUUGUUCGAGUGGGUCCAAUGCGCGAGGAAGUCGAAGCGCACGCCUAACCAACUGAAGGCUUUCCUCGAUAAAUACGGGGACGAUGUAGCCUGCGCUGAUCAUGAGCCCGACGAUGAGGCCAACGAAGAUAAAUUCCACGAUAUCAAGGGUACCUUGGGAGUUGACGGUGCGCCAGAUGUCCUUGAAGAUCUGGGAAGGUAUCCAAAGUCGGUGGACUUGAUGGACGGCUCGCAAACUUCCCCAAUGGCUGUCAAUCGUCAGCCUCCUUACGUGCCCUUUCUCGAUACUCAUCCACAGCACAAAUCUCACCAUGUGUGGUGCGACCCUUCGAAGAGGAACUAUCUCGUUCCUAAUUUCGUAGGAGGCGCUAUCCCUAGGAAUGAUCAAGGGGACCGCGAGUAUUAUUGCGCGACGAUGCUUACUCUCUUCGUGCCAUGGCGCCGCGGUCGCGAUUUGCGGUACGCAGGAUAUAAUUGGGACUAUGCCUUCCGGCGGCAAGUGUUCAAGGAGCGGCACCUGCAGUUGAUGGAGAACUUCAACUUGAGGUACGAAUGCGCAGACGCGCGCGACGAUUAUAGGAGCGAGCUGAAGAAGAAGAGGCGAGUCGGCGGUCUUAAUUUUGAAGUAGAGCAGGAGGACGACGAGGAUGCUGCAUACCCUGAGACGUACGGAGAGGACCUGGAGUACGAUGUGCCAGCGGAUGGAGAGACAGGACCUGGAUGGAAUAGACUGUUCCAAAACGUUCACUACUGCAAGUAG